AUGUCCAAUGAUAUUAUCCAACCGAUGUUGAACGGUGGAGGCAGGCCCAAUCAUCCACCACCAGGGCCUUUACAAGAGCAAGUAGAAAUAUUACUUGGCCCAACAUUAGAUGGUCUUGCAAACGAAUUUGAUAGCGAUGGUCAAUUUCAAGAGUCUGUCACAGCAUCUAAUAAAGUGAAGGAAGAUUCAGCAGAAAUAUUACCGACCAUUGUAUUAUUAGAUGCAGUACCUGGCUGUUCAACUGUGAUUGAGCAAGUUGGUUCCUCAGGACUGAAUAGCUCUCAGGGUGAUUCAGGGGAGUUAAAUAAGGAAACAUUUGAUGGCUCAAGUCGUCGUGAAGUUCAGGAUAAGGAUAAUAUUUGGCAUGGUUGGUCUCCAGCUGCACUUAAAACUAAAAUGUCAGAUGCACUAAUUACAAAAAAAAAGGGGAGCCCAACAUGGCUUCACAGGAGAAGACCAAGGGCUUCAAUAGCCGACAGUUUACUGACUAGCAAAAUAGAAUUAGUCGAAAUUUUGAAAAAAAAUGCACAAAUUGAGGCUGAGAAAAAAAAUUUAUUGCUCGAUGAGCAACUUAAACAAGAGAGAAUUAAAACGGAACUGUUAGAAUUACAGUUAUCUUUGGCAAAAAAUGUUAAUAAUGUAAAUAAGAAAUAA